CGGCGGCAGGAGGCGGCGGCGGCGGAGCUCACGCACCUCGCAGGAGCGGUGCCCGCGGGCCGGGGAGCGCCAGCCGGGUGGAGAUGUCUGCCCAGAGGUUAAUUUCUAACAGAACAUCCCAGCAAUCUGCAUCUAAUUCUGAUUACACUUGGGAAUAUGAAUAUUAUGAGAUUGGACCAGUUUCCUUUGAAGGACUGAAGGCUCAUAAAUAUUCCAUUGUGAUUGGAUUUUGGGUUGGCCUUGCUGUCUUCGUGAUUUUCAUGUUUUUUGUGCUGACUUUGCUAACCAAGACAGGAGCUCCGCACCAAGACAAUGCAGAGUCUUCAGAGAAGAGAUUCAGAAUGAAUAGCUUUGUGUCAGACUUCGGAAGACCGCUGGAGCCCGAUAAGGUGUUUUCUCGACAGGGCAAUGAGGAAUCCAGGUCUCUCUUUCACUGCUAUAUCAAUGAAGUGGAACACUUGGACAGGGCUAAAGCUUGUCAGCAGACCAGAGCCCUCGACAGCAGUAUUCAACUGCAGGAAGCCGUUAGAAGCAACGGACAGCCAGAGGAGGAGCUGAACAGGCUCAUGAAGUUUGACAUCCCCAACUUCGUGAACACAGACCAGAACUCCUCCUUUGGGGAGGAUGACUUUCUGAUUGCAGAGCCACCUAUUGUUCUAGAAAAUAAGCCAGUUUCCCAGACCUCACACAAAGAUCUGGAUUGAGAAACGUACUCUGUAAACUGUCUUCCUGAAGAUGUUGGAUUUGUCUUUGUAAUGCAAGAAAUCUCCAUUGACCAAAGGUGUUUGUGUGUGUUGCGGGGAGCAGGAAGAGAUAUAGGAGACAGAGAGACAGAGACAGAAAGAAAAACACAGAGAAGAGAGCUCCCUCAGAAAAGAGCUGAAGAAGCUGAGUUUCUAUGCCUUUAAACACAGUUCAGGCUUUUUUGAGAAUAAAGUAUUUAUUCUCAUGGUCUCAUCUUCCUUGAUGUUGAAAAGUAUGGCUGCACACUGAGUGUCAGUGUUCUUGAAUGGGUUUUAGCAUACUGCAUUCUAGUCUGGACCUGCCACUACCAUGCUCUACUUUUAGCAAGUUGCUUUACCUCUCUGGGCUGCCACAUUGUUCACUGUAAUUGUGAGGAGUCUGAAGUAGAUGACUCAUCUCAGCUCUAAUAUUUUGUGAAUUUGUGACUUUGUAUCCAGAAGAAGCUGGAAUUACAUAAAGCAGCACAAACCAGGGCACUGCUUCCUAUCUCUUGCAGGAUGCCCCAUGUCUUUACCUUCCACUCAAUCCUUAACUGAGCCCAGCUUUGGUCAGCGGUCCAAGUAUCUGUGAGGAGAUCAGAAGACACAUCUCACAGUCCCCAUGCAGAGUUCUGUUGAUUGUACUGAAAUAGCUCUUCUGAGAACCUCCAGCCACCCAUGCUGAAACCUAGGGCCAGCCCUGCCCUCCUCUCCUAGAAUGAGUACCAAUUCAUGGAGCAUCACAUGGCCCUCUUGUUUCCAGACAUAUAGUUCUCAGCUCAGUGAGAGGAAAUCCCUUUUGUGUCUCUGUGUUGGUGUGUGUCUGGUCACACUUCUGUGUCACUGGCUACUGAACAAGAAAAGUACUCACCAUGCUAUUUACUUGGCAGAUGUGUAGGCGAUGGUCAUGUGACCAGUGUAUGGACUUUGAGCAGAGAUGGUGAAUGGGUUUUGAAUCCCCCACCAACAGAUAUGCAGGGUGGCCUGGUGCAAGAGAGUGAAUUUCAUGAAGGAAUCUGGUCUGCACACUGGCAUUGGAAACAACUUGGUUUUGCAUCCACAACUGCAUGCAUGGCUCGCUGCUUAUCCCUAGGUGGCAUUUUCAUUAUGAAUUUGUUUACUACCUGGUUUGCUUCAGCUAAAAAAUAAAUGUACUUGCACAGGAA